GCGUCUCUCCCUUCUCGCGUAGCAGGUAUCAAAGAAAGCGAGCCCGGGACGUGCCCAUGUAUGAACCUGAAACAGAGAGCCGCCUCGUUCGGAGCUGACGCUCUCGCCUUCCCCCUUCGGCGAGUUCCCCGGCGGGCACAGCGCGGAUACCAGCGGCUCCCUUCUCUCUUCGCCUGACUUCCUUCUGGGAGCUCAUAAACCCGCGGCAGUUCAAUCACUCCGCAGCGAGCCCCGGCGCUCACUGGGCAUGCUCAGUGGCCCGGCCCGGCUCCGGCGGCCAGAGGUUGUCGUGGACGCACCGCUCGGGUCCUGAUUCACCGCGCGCGGGCUGAGCACAGCGGCCCCUGAGCCGGGAGUGAGACGCGCCUUGCCGUCCCUGCCCGGGCGCCCGCCCCGUCAGAGAGCCGAAGUUCCGGACUCCAGGGAGCCCCCAACUUUGCGCCAAGUUCCGAGCUGCGGGGGGAGACAUGCCCAUGAUGACCAGGGACGUUCUGCUAGAAAUGGAGCUGGAGGAGGACGACGAAGAAGACGGGGAUAUCGCCUUGGAAAACCUUGAACAGACAAUUGUCUCUGGUUUUGGAUCAUUGAAAAGUCAGCAGGACUUCCGAACCCCGGAGUUUGAAGAAUUUAAUGGAAAACCUGACUCCCUCUAUUUCAAUGAUGGUCAGCGAAGAAUUGACUUUGUUCUAGUGUAUGAAGAUGAAAGUAGAAAAGAGACCAAUAAAAAGGGUUCAAAUGAAAAACAAAGAAGAAAAAGACAAGCAUAUGAAUCUAACCUCAUCUGUGAUGGUCUGCAGCUAGAAGCAACCAGAUCCCUUGUGGAUGACAAGCUCGUAUUUGUAAAAGUACAUGCCCCAUGGGAGGUGCUGUGUACCUAUGCAGAGAUAAUGCACAUCAAACUGCCUCUGAAACCCAAUGAUCUGAAAACCCGGUCCUCAGCCUUUGAUAAUUUCAAUUGGUUUACCAAACUCCUCCAAGUGGAUGAAAGUAUCAUCAAGCCAGAGCAAGAGUUUUUCACUGCCCCAUUUGAGAAGAACCGCAUGAAUGACUUUUACAUUCAAGACAGAGACACAUUCUUCAAUCCAGCCACCAGAAGCCGCAUUGUUUACUUCAUACUUUCUCGGAUAAUGUACCAAGUAAGGGACAAUGUUAAAAAGUUUGGAAUUAACAAACUCGUAAGCUCUGGAAUCUACAAAGCAGCUUUCCCUCUCCAUGAUUGCAACUUCAGCAGCCCAUCGGAGGACCUCAGCUGCCCCAAUGAGCGGUACCUUCUGUACAGGGAAUGGGCUCAUCCUCGAAGCAUAUACAAAAAGCAGCCCUUGGAUCUUAUCAGGAAAUAUUAUGGAGAGAAGAUCGGGAUCUAUUUUGCCUGGCUGGGCUAUUACACUCAGAUGCUUCUCCUGGCAGCCAUCGUGGGAGUGGCUUGCUUUCUCUAUGGAUAUUUCACUCAGAAUAACUGUACAUGGAGCAAAGAAGUUUGUGAUCCCGACAUUGGCGGCCAGAUCAUAAUGUGUCCUCAGUGUGAUAAUGAGUGUCCAUUCUGGUCACUCAAUGUUACUUGCGAGUCCUCAAAGAAAUUGUGCAUCUUUGACAGUUUUGGAACCCUAGUCUUUGCAGUAUUUAUGGGGGUGUGGGUAACCUUGUUUUUGGAGUUUUGGAAGCGGCGCCAGGCAGAACUUGAGUACGAAUGGGACACUGUUGAGUUACAGCAGGAAGAGCAAGCCCGACCAGAAUACGAGGCACGGUGUACUCACGUGGUGAUAAAUGAGAUCACUCAGGAAGAAGAGCGUGUUCCCUUCACCACCUGGGGAAAGUGUAUACGUGUAACCCUCUGUGCCAGUGCUGUCUUUUUCUGGAUCCUGUUGAUCAUUGCUUCCGUUAUUGGGAUCAUUGUCUACAGGCUCUCCGUGUUUGUUAUAUUUUCUGUAAACCUUCGCAAGAUCUCUAAUGGAACAGACCCAAUCCAGAAGUAUGUAACUCCACAGAUGGCCACGUCCAUCACUGCUUCCCUCAUCAGCUUUAUCAUCAUCAUGAUUCUGAACACUAUAUAUGAGAAAGUGGCAAUCAUGAUUACUAACUUUGAACUCCCUAGGACCCAGACUGAUUAUGAGAACAGCUUAACCAUGAAGAUGUUCUUAUUCCAGUUUGUCAACUACUACUCUUCGUGUUUCUACAUCGCAUUCUUUAAGGGCAAAUUUGUGGGUUAUCCAGGAGAUCCAGUUUAUUGGCUGGGAAAAUACAGAAAUGAAGAGUGUGACCCAGGUGGGUGUCUGUUUGAACUGACAACACAGCUGAUAAUCAUCAUGGGAGGAAAAGCAAUCUGGAAUAACAUUCAAGAGGUGUUACUUCCCUGGGUCAUGAACGUGUUUGGACGGUGUCACACCGUUUCAGGAGCAGAAAAGAUAAUCCCACGAUGGGAACAAGACUACCAUCUGCAGCCCAUGGGCAAACUGGGAUUAUUUUAUGAAUAUCUUGAAAUGAUUAUUCAGUUUGGGUUCGUCACCUUAUUUGUGGCCUCUUUUCCACUGGCCCCUCUGUUGGCUCUGGUGAACAAUAUAUUGGAAAUAAGAGUGGACGCAUGGAAACUGACUACCCAGUAUAGACGCAUGGUGCCAGAAAAAGCCCAGGACAUCGGAGCAUGGCAGCCCAUCAUGCAAGGAAUAGCAAUUCUGGCUGUGGUGACCAAUGCCAUGAUCAUUGCAUUCACAUCAGACAUGAUCCCCCGGCUGGUCUAUUACUGGUCCUUCUCCAUCCAGCCGUAUGGGGACCACCCAGACUACACAAUGGAAGGAUACAUCAACAUAAGUCUCUCCAUCUUCAAUAUUGCCGACUUUAAAAGCAGAGUCAAGGAAAGUCCAUACGCUGGGUCUAAAUAUGACACGUGCAGGUAUCGUGAUUUCCGGUACCCUCCUGGACACCAACAAGAGUAUAAACACAACAUCUAUUAUUGGCAUGUGAUUGCAGCCAAGCUGGCUUUUAUCAUUGUCAUGGAGCAUAUCAUCUAUUCUGUGAAGUUUUUCAUUUCAUAUGCAAUUCCAGAUGUAUCGAAAAGCACGAAGAGCAAGAUCAAGAGAGAAAAAUACCUAACCCAGAAGCUUCUUCAUGAGAAUCACCUCAAGGACAUGACCAAAAAUAUAGGAGUCAUCGCUGAGAAGAUGAUAGGAGCAGCAGUAGAGAACAGUUUACGACCAAAAUCCGACUAAGAGCGUAAUGUUCUGAGAAGCACUUUAAAGAAUUUAGCUCUGUCAAAAGUUAUUAUGAAUCACUAAUGAGAAUGUUUAAGUCAAAUCACUUUGGCAAAUAGGAGUCUUAACUAUUGCCAUUUUCAUGCAGAUUGUUUUUCAGUUUCAGCUAGUGAUGCAGGAACUGGAAAAUGUAAAAUUGAGUUCAAGAAGGGCAUAAAACUAAUCACCAGAAAGACCAAAAAUGUUACUUUUUUGGAUAAAUUGGAAUUUUAAUCACACACAGGAAUUCUCUUCAUGUGCUUAAAGAAACAACAUCUACCAAAGCAGAGUGGAUUUUUUUCCUCAUUUGAUUAUUUUCAUUUCUUUCUGUUCUCAAGCACAUGAUCUUUUUUUUAUUUUUAGGCACUGUUUUGUUUCUUCACUUUUGCUAGACCUGUUCCAGAGUUAUCCUUCCAUUACAGUACCAUCAUUAAAGCUCUUGGGUGAUUAAAAAUAUCUAACACAGAAUUCAGUUUGAAUACUGUAUUAAGUUGCAGAUAGACCCAAGACUUUACAAUAUUUAGGUGUAUUAUCACGUUCCUACAGAAAAGGAAACCUCAGGUAAUAAGAGGAAAUAGUUUCAGUCUUCAUCUUGGCCUAUCUUUCCAUCUCGGAGAAAGACUCUUAAUGGAUUGAAAUGAAGAUAGCAUUUCUGAGCAUAUUUGUGCUAUUGAUCAGGAUAAUUAAUUUACAUCUUCUAAAGAUACAUCAUAUCUUGAAAAAAAUGAAAUCAAGUGAUUAAAAUUACAUAUUUAUCAACAUAAUGGUUUGGAAAAGAUGAGCCUAUCAAGUCCCCACCAGUUAGUUGCCCUUUAUCUGUUAGAUCUAGGAAGUACAGUAUUGCAAGGACCCUUGUGAUUGGCUCACAGCCAUUGUAUCAGCACAGUGCUGCGCACGUCAAGAGAAUAGCAGGUCUCCUCAGUGUGACCUCACUGUGUUCCUAAGAGGGGUUCUGCACGUCCUAGUGAUCAGCCUACCAAAGCAUCUGCCAUAGUGAAGGUAGCUCAGCACAUCCUCCCUUCUCUUACUUUCUGCCCAGGAACUUGUUUGUAAUUGCAUGUUUGCACCCGCGGAGUGUUUUUAGGGAGGGAGACGGAGAAACAGGAGGAUACCCAGAUUAUUCCCAAACAAGAAAAGAGACUGGAUUUGAUUUGAAUUGUCAGCCUCCUGUCAAGCCAAUCAGGCAAUUAAGGGUCAAAAAAAAAAAAUUUGGUUUGGUCACAAACCCUGCUGUCAGCUGGAGGUAACUUCCUGGUGAACUCCUGUCCCACCGUGUACAUCUUGCCCUCAGUUUAUUCAGUUCAGCAUUCUUUACUGCACUUUACUGCCUUUUGGAUGCCUAGCCCUCUGAUAGGCUCUAGAGAAGACACAGGGCCCGUACCUCUCACCCGUUACUGGUGACAGGGCAGGGCUGGGUGCAGAGAGAGUGUCUGGCACCUCACUCUCUCUAAAUGGGCCACUCGCCACCCAUUAAGAUGCUGCUCAAUGCCCAGGUGCCACAAGAGCCAAGGCACUUAGAAUCCCAGCAGCGAAGAGAAAGGAAACACUUUCCAGUGAGCAGAUUGACAGGCUUGCUAUAAUAUAACAGCUUCACUCCAAGUCAUAGUUCUAAAUGCCUGCCAUGAAUGUUAACA